AUGAGCAACGACAGUUCCGCGCUUAAGGCCUCUAGGAGUAUGCUUGAUGAACCCACGGGUCUAGAAACCAACAAUGACGAUAGCAAAUCCACCAGCCCGUUCGCCAACUCAAGCGGCACCUCCACCCCCAGUGCUCCCAUCUCCCCCCUCCUCACCCCCUCCAGCACCCCCUCCAGCACCCCCUCCCUCGCCCUAACCCUAGCCCCCUACAACCUGACCUCCCACGACCUCUCCGAAAUCCACGCCCUCCUCACCGCCAUCGCCCUGGACGCCGGCAAAAUCCUCCUCGAAGCCGAACACGACUUCCUCGUCUCCGCCACAACCAAGAACAACACCUCCGACCUCGUGACCAAAUACGACGGCGAGGUGGAAGAACUCGUCAAACAACGCUUACACGUUGCUUACCCAGACAUUCCCUUUUUCGGCGAAGAAUCCUUCAAGCCAGGUACCCGCCUCCCCGCCUCUCCAACCUUUAUAUGCGACCCCAUCGACGGCACCCUAAACUUCACAAAACAAGUUCCCAACUGCGCAAUCAGCCUCGCCCUCGCCGUAGCCCGCAAACCCGUGGUCGGCAUCGUAUACAACCCCUUCCGCGCAGACCUCUACUCCGCGCUCAAGAAUAACGGCGCUUACCUGACCAACCUCUCGACAGGCUCGUCCGUCAAAUUACCCCUCUACCCCAUCCCGCCCCCGCUCAACGGUCUAGCAGACUGCCUCGUAGCCGUAGAAUGGGGAAACCAACGCAGCGGUCCAAACUGGGCACUUCGCACCUCCGUGCACACCGCGCUGCUAACCGCACACUCGGAAGGCGGUGCAAUGUGUAAAUCCGUGCGCAGCAACGGGUCCGCCGCUCUGGAUUUCUGCUACGUGGCCCAGGGCAUGCUGGAUGCGUAUUGGGAGGCUGGGGUGUGGGUUUGGGAUGUAGCUGCCGGCUGGAUUAUCCUCGAGGAGGCGGGGGGCUUGGUGGCGUCUGCGAAUCCGGGGGAUUGGGGGCCGACGCUGGAGGGGAGGGUGUAUUUUGCGGUUAGGGGGGCGAAGCGGGAGGAGCAGGUUAGGGUUGUGGAGGAGGUUUGGGGGAUUAUGGGGGAUCGGCGGUUUGUGUAUCCGUAG